AAGACCAAACUCAACACUUGACUAUAAAAGGUCAACUUCAUCAUAUUCAAAAAUAUUAUGAUGCUUAAAUUUGAAUCUAAUGAUACUAGAAGCAAUAUAUUAUUUAUUAUCUUAUUUAUUAUUAUGAUAAUAAUAAUUCUUAUUAUUAUUAUUAUUUAUUUUAUUUAUUAAUUCUUGUGAUUGUCUCAACAAUUGUACUACAGCCAUCCCUACCAAAGGAAACGUCAAAAGCCAUCGGGAAACGAUUAUCCAUCAACAUUGUAAAUGACAAAAGGUGAUGGGCCAGUCCCUAAAUUCAUUAAAGUAGGGGUCCUUAUUUGCAAUAAUACUUCACUUGAACACCUUUCUUGCAAAUGCCCCCACCUUGUUGUUUGUGAUAGAAACAUUAAGAGGGACACUAUAAAGAUGCCAAGUUUUGUUCCCCAAUUUCCCAAUCAAACGGCCUUUGGCUUUUCCUUUACCACAACUCUCUAAUUUUUUCCUCUCUUCCCUCCAUAUAUAUAUUUUCCCUAAACCCCCCAACAAAAAAUAUAUUGCAUUACGUUCUAAAAUUUUUGAAACACCAAAAUAUCUUUCCUUUUUCAUGCAAUGACUAUAGACAUUACGAAUAUCACGAGCUCGCCCUCCGUGCCGCAACCCACCAAACACGAAAACGACCAAAAACGAUCUCCGAUUUUCGAUGCGAAGCUGUUGCAACACCAAUUGGACAUACCGUCGCAAUUCGUGUGGCCGCACCACGAACGGCCGCGUGCGAACCCUCCGGAGCUCCAAGUGCCGCUCAUCGACCUUGGUGGGUUCCUCUCCGGGGACCCCACCGCCUCCGCACGAGCAUCUAUGCUCGUGGGCCAGGCGUGCAGGAAGCACGGUUUCUUUCUAGUGGUCAACCACGGCGUUAGCCCCGAUCUCAUAUCGGACGGCCAUCGUUGCAUGGACCACUUCUUCGAUCAACCGCUCCACGAGAAGCAAAAGGCUUUGAGAAAAGCCGGCGAACACUGCGGCUACGCUAGUAGCUUCACCGGAAGGUUCUCUUCGAAACUUCCGUGGAAGGAGACUCUCUCUUUCCAAUACUCGGCACACGAGGCCUCGUCCCACAUUGUGGAAGACUAUUUCCACAAGACGUUGGGUGACGAUUUCGACCACUUAGGGAAAGUAUACCAACAAUAUUGCGGCGCGAUGAACAAACUCUCUCUAGGAAUUAUGGAACUACUCGGGAUGAGCUUAGGAGUGAGGCAAGACCAUUUCAAGCAAUUUUUCGAAGAAAAUGAGUCCAUAAUGAGGCUCAACUAUUACCCACCAUGCCGAAAACCGGACCAAACCCUAGGCACGGGCCCACAUUGCGAUCCCACGUCACUCACUAUCCUCCACCAAGAUAAAAUCAAUGGACUCCAAGUCUUUGUGGACGAUGAAUGGCGAUCCAUUACCCCGAACUCGGAUGCUUUCGUAGUCAACAUAGGCGACACUUUCAUGGCGCUUUCGAAUGGGAGGUACAAGAGCUGUUUGCACAGGGCGGUGGUGAAUAGCGAGAGCAGUAGGAAAUCGCUUGCGUUCUUUUUGUGUCCGAAGAAGGACAAAGUUGUGCGGCCGCCGCACGAAUUGGUGGAUUCCGAUAAUCCAAGAUUGUAUCCCGAUUUCAGGUGGCCGUCGUUUCUCGAAUUUACGCAGAAGCAUUAUAGGGCCGAUAUGAACACUCUGCAGGCUUUCGCGAAUUACUAUAUGGAUAUCCAGCAUAAACAACAAGAUGGAAACAUGAUCAGCUCAAAUAAUUAAACUGAUCUUUCUUUUGAUUAGUUUAAUUAAUUAAUUAUCCCAUGAUCAAUAAUCCAUUUCAUAUAUGAUAUAAAUUAAUGUUGUCUUCAUUAAUUUGUCAGCAGUCCUUUUGUAUUAGUAUUACUGGACAAUAUCGUAAUUAAUUAAUUCUGUGUUUUA